GCAUUUCUGGGUCGAAAGUCGAGGCCGGACUCGGUUUCUGCAUGCUGAAAUCAAAACAGGCAGUGGGGGGCAAAAGAUGGGAUGCACCGUGCCUGGAGGAGUCCGGGUUCAGUCUGCUUCAGACUAUCCGGCCAUCCAUCACAAAGGUACAGCAGCAAAAUGCCGCCUCAGCAAAUAUCAUACUCGAGCUUGGGGAGAGAAGUGGAGCUGACCAUAAACGGGAAGUCGUACAAAGUUUCCAAUGAUGUACCUGCAGACACAACUCUGAAUGCGUUCAUCAGGGAAUAUGCCCACCUUAAAGGUACCAAGUUCAUGUGCUUGGAAGGCGGCUGCGGAGCAUGCAUCGUGUCCGUCCAUUCCGUCCACCCUACAACCCACCAUCCUGUUUUCUAUUCUGUCAAUUCAUGCCUCGUGCCUAUAUUUGCAUGCCACGGUUGGGCAGUGACCACCGUCGAGGGCCUUGGGAGCAAAUACACUGGAUACCACAAGAUCCAGAAGCGCCUCGCAGCUGCCAACGGUACCCAAUGCGGCUACUGCACCCCAGGAAUGGUCAUGAAUAUGCACAGUUUGCUUGAAGUAAACCCUAAACUGACGAUGAAAGAUGUAGAAAAUUCAUUCGGUGGGAAUAUCUGUCGUUGUACAGGCUACAGGCCAAUACUCGAUGCUUUUAAAUCCCUUGCAUCUGAUGCUCCCGGGGAAUUGGUGCAAAAGUUGGCCGACAUUGAGGAUAUUGUUUGCCCCAAAACUGGACAGAACUGCUCAGGAGGGUCCUGCAAUCAGAAGUGCUCAAGCGCCCAGUCGACAGCGAUAAUGCCUCCAUCAUCACUUCACUUUGAACUGGAAAAUGGUUCCGCAUGGUACAGGCCAUUGAGUGUAAAAGAAAUUAUGGAAAUAUUUGACAUGAUCGAAGACAAAACAUACAGACUUAUAGCUGGCAACACUGGACAGGGCGUGUAUAGAAUCAAAGAAGCCCCUGAAGUAUAUAUUGAUUUGAACGGCAUUCCUGAACUUCAUGGUUAUGAGGUUAGAAAUGAUGGAAUCACCCUUGGAGCGAACAUCAGUCUUACAGAAGGGAUGGAUUUGUUUUACAAGCUUGCAAAAGAGCAACCUGAAAAAUACUCAUACUGCAAAACACUCGCUGAUCACAUUGAUUUAAUUGCAAACGUACCAGUCAGAAAUAUCGGAACUUUUGCAGGAAAUAUCUCAUUGAAGCAUCAAAAUGAAGAAUUUCCAUCAGAUCUGUUUCUUUUCUUGGAAAUGGUCGGAGCAACGUUAUUCAUUGUUGAUAGGUCUGGAGUUAACAGGACUAUGUCCCUUUUGGAAUAUUUGGAGACGGAUAUGAAUAAAAAGGCCAUAGUUAAAAUUAACUUGCCUGUCUUAGACCAUAAUGUUUACUUUACAUUGUCCUAUAAGAUUAUGCCAAGAGCACAAAAUGCUCAUGCAUUUGUAAACGCUGGAUUUUUGAUGAAAGUUGACAAAGCGAAUGGCUACACAGUCAUGGAAACACCAACAAUAUUGUUCGGAGGGAUCAAUCCACAUUUUCUGCAUGCAACAAAAACAGAACAAUAUCUCAAAGGUAAGAAACUCCUCGAUGACCAGACUCUCAAAGGGGCUUUACAAACCUUGGAAAGCGAGUUGAAACCAGAUCACGUCCUUCCCGAUGCUAGUCCAGCGUUUAGAACAGGUUUAGCUCUCUCACUCUUCUACAAAUUUAUUCUAACUCUCGAUCCUUCAAAAAUAAGUGAGAGAAACAAAAGCGGCGGUCCGCUGCUUGAAAGGCCUUUAUCUUCUGGAAUUCAGGACUUUGAAACUGAUCGAAACCUUUGGCCGUUGAACAAACCGAUACCAAAAACCGAAGCCCUCAUCCAAUGCUCUGGAGAGGCUGAAUACACUAAUGACAUACCAAAUGUCCAUGGACAGGUAUGGGGACAAUUGGUACUCACAGAUAGAUCAAACGCUGUCGUAUCAAAGAUUGAUCCUUCACAAGCUUUGAAAAUGCCUGGUGUUAUUGCGUUCUUUUCUGCUAAGGAUAUCCCUGGGAAGAACACUUUUGUUCAACCGGCUCCCAAUGUUUUAGAAGAUGAAAGGAUAUUUGUCGAUGGCAGAGCAGAUUAUGCUGGUCAGGCUGUCGGUGUUAUUAUAGCCAAUACACACACAACUGCAAUCAAUGCGACGAAGAAAGUUAAAAUUACUUACACUGAUCAGAAACCGAUAAUUAUGGACAUGAGACAAAUUAUAAACCAUAACAUGAAAGACAGAAUCAAAGAAUAUGCAAAGCUCACUCCGACAACACAAAAAAGUGAUAUCAAGUAUAAAAUUAAGGGACAUUGGGACUUGAAGACACAAUAUCACUACACCAUGGAAACGCAAACUUGUGUUGUGGUGCCCACCGAAGAUCAUCUUGAGGUGUAUCCAUCUUCCCAAUGGCCUGCCGCAGCUCAAGAAGCCAUUAGUAUUGCAUUGAACAUCCCCGAACACAUAAUUGACAUGCGUGUUAGAAGACUUGGAGGAGGAUACGGUGCAAAACUUACAAGAAACAACCAUGUCAGUGUUGUUUGCGCUUUGGCAGCUCAUCUUCUUCAUAGACCUGUACGAAUGGUGCUUAACUUAGAGACAAAUGUUGAAUGGGCUGGAAAGCGUUUCCCUGUAUUCAGUGACUAUGAGGUCGGAGUUAACAGUGAAGGAGAGAUUCAGUAUUUGAAUUCAAGCAUCUAUCAAGAUGAUGGACAUGGACCAAAUGAUUCAUCAAUCGGAGCAACAAUUCACCACAUUAAGAAUGUUUAUGAUGCAAGCGUUUGGAAAAUAACUGGAUAUGGUGUUAAAACAGACAGUGCUAGCAACACCUGGUGUAGAGCUCCAGGUUCAACAGAGGCGAUUUCUCUUAUUGAAACAAUAAUGGAACACAUUGCAAAUGUUGUUGAAAAAGAUCCAGUUUCAGUCAGACUGGCAAAUAUGGACAAAGAAGACAAUCCGAUCCCUCAGUUAAUCGAGGAUAUUAAAAAGGCAUCACAUUAUGAUGAAAGAGUGAAAGAAGUUGAACAGUUCAACAAAGACAAUCGUUGGAAGAAGCGAGGCAUAUCACUUGUUCCGAUGAACUAUCCUUUUGAUUACUGGGGUGCCUUCUAUGGCAUGGUGUCCAUUUUUGGCAUGGACGGUACAGUUUCAAUUUCCCACGGAGCCAUUGAAAUGGGUCAGGGAGUAAACACCAAGGCUGCACAAGUUGCUGCACACAUCUUGGGUAUAGAACUCGAAUUGGUCAACGUUAAACCUACAACAACUCUUAUUUCGCCAAACAAUUCAUCUACGGGAGGAAGUAUUGGCAGUGAAGCCGUUUGCUAUGCUGUCAAAGUCUGCUGUGAAAUCUUGAAUGAACGUUUAGAACCGAUCAAAGAAAAAUUAGGGCCACAGGCUACAUGGAAAGAGAUUGUGAACCAGGCAUACUUGGACAGUAUUAAUCUCAACCACACUUACAUGUUUACUGCUCGAGAUGAUGUAAAGUCCUAUGCAAUUUAUGGAACGGUCGUUACUGAAGUAGAAAUCGACAUUCUUACCGGGCAAUACCAUACAAGGCGAGUGGACUUGAUGGAAGAUGCAGGUCAGAGUUUAAGCCCGGAGGUGGACAUCGGACAGGUGGAAGGUGCGUUUGUAAUGGGCCUCGGGUACUUUACAUGCGAAGAGGCAGUCUACGAAUCGAAGACGGGUGCAAUCCUCACUAACCGUACCUGGAAUUAUAAACCUCCUGGGGCAAAGGACAUCCCGAUUGAUUUUAGAGUCAGCCUUCGCAAAAAUGCUCCCAAUCCUUUUGGAGUUUUAAGAUCAAAAGCAACUGGAGAGCCGCCUUUCUGCCUCAGUUGUUCUGUCCUGUUUUCUAUACGCAAUGCUGUUGAAUCGGCGAGAAAAGACGCUGGGCAAACAGAUGAAAAAUGGUUUGAUAUUGAACCACCAUUCACUGGAGAGAAGAUCUGGCUCGGCGGUUUGACCAAAAAAGACAUGUUCAAACUUUAAACAAUUUUUUGCCCAUCUUAUAAUUUUUUUGGUGCACCUUUAAAAAAAAUAAUUAUAAUAAUAUAUAUA